UGACCGUAACACCUUCAGGCUCGGCGCCGGCGAGUCCUACCGCCCGGGCGGUGAUCCACCGCCGCGACCUGGCCCUCCCCGAUACCGUUCCCCUCCUCGACGCGAUGCACCGCAGAUCGAUACAUAUAUUCCAGGAGGACCCCGAGGGCGCCCCAGGAGUCGCUCUCCGGGAUUCCGACGCCGGUCCAGGAGCCCGCGUGGUGCGUUCAAGGACGUCAGAGCUCGGUCGCCUCCUCGUCGUGCCAUGUCGCCGCGAGACGAUGAUCGAAGAGGUCCGCGACGGCCAUCUCCGCGGGAUUUUGGACGGGAGAUAGGCCGUGACCGUGAUAUUCGAAUGCGCGAUAGAUCGCCUCCGCCUCGACGGGAGCGAGAGCCUUCUGCACGUGGUCGAUAUGAACCCCCCCGAAGGUAUGUCCUUUUCAUCGCUUGUUGCAUUUCGGCGGCGAACGGGUCUAAUUGAUCUUAGCGCCGAGCCUAGGGAUUACUCCCCUCCACCCAGAGACCGCAUCUCUCAGAACCGAGACGACCGCCGAGACUACCCGGAGCGACGCCGCUCACCCUCUCCCCGUCGACCUAUCCGUGACGACUAUUUUUCUGGCCCACCCUCCGGUCGCGACUCCCAUGCAACGUCGCGUAUGUCCUCUCCACAUGGCUACCCGGUCCGUGACCGCGACGACCGCGACUACCGAGACAACAAGUUCGAUUCCAGCGACCGCGAUGACGGAUACCGCAACGGGGACGACGGCAUUCCCAUCCGCGCCCCUCCCACGGGUCCCGCUGCAAAUCGUAACUUUACCUCCCCUAUCACCGCCCCCACCGGCCCUUCCCUCCUCUCUGCCCCAUCCCGCCCACGCGGCGGCCCCAUGGGCCGCGGAGGGCACCCUCGCGACGAUUACCGCGACUACCCCUCCGGUCCACCUCGCCGCGGUUCGAGCUACAACUACCAGCCUCCGCGCGGCGGGUACGCACCGUCCGGUCCCCGAGGCGGUGGGCCUGGUUCGGCACCAUUCCGCGGCGCUGGGAACAGCACCUCCACCACCUACCCACGCACGCAACGGUUUAAUAACAACAAUGGACCCCCCUCAUCCUCGUCGUCGCACCUCUCCGACCUUCCGCCCAUCGUCUCCGGCGGGCAGAAGCUGCCGGACGUGGCGAACAUGUCGAAGAUCGAGAAGCUCGAGGAGGAGGCGAGGCGGUUAAGGGAAAGCAUUGAGGCGCGGGAGUUGAAGAAGAGGGAUGGCGUGCAUGAUUGGGAUCGGUUGGAGAGAGAGAACCACAAUUCGGCAGUGCGGAGUGAGCUCGCGGAGGAGCAUCUGAGAAAAUUGAAUGGGGAGAGCGAGUUGGGCGAUCGGGCUUUCUAGAAGAGCAACUUUCUUGCCGACGUGUGGGGUUGGUUCCUACUCAGAAUGAAUAGAUGGGAUGCAAGGCAUCGUCAGUGGUGAUGAAAUUGGGUCGCA